CGAAUGAUUUCAUUAAUAGCUUUAUGUAUACAUUAUUCAGCAUUGACGAUCAUCAUGCAUAUCUCUAGAACUAAUUCACAUCAAUCAUAUAAAGCUUCAUCAGCUGUGGUUUUAACAGAAUUUUUUAAAUUAUUGAUUUCGAUUUGUUUAGGGUUUAUAGAAAAGUUACAAGAAUUUGAUCGCCUAGAAGAAGUGAUGAACCAAUUAAAACUUGAAAUCUUUCAACCUGGUUGGUGGAAAUUAAGUGUACCUGCUAUCAUGUUUGUGCUUCAAAACAAUUUACAGUAUAUUGCUGCUAGUAAUUUAAGCGUACCUCUUUUUCAAAUCACUUAUCAACUCAAGAUUCUAACCACCGCAUUAUGUUCAGUUUUAUUACUAAACCGAACUUUAUACAAAUCUCAAUGGAUCGCACUCUUCUUACUUAGUGUAGGAGUAGCAGCUGUUCAACUACACGCCCAAGCCGAAGACCAUCCUCCGAUCUCAUCAAGUAGCGAAUCAAGUUUACCACAUGUACCUAAACAGAUGAAUCAACUUCUUGGAUUGCUUUCGGUUCUUUUGGCUUGUGUUUCUUCGGGAUUUGCUUCAGUUUAUUUCGAACGAGUCUUGAAAUCGACUCUUCAACCUAGAAUGGGUUCUGGUGGUGCUACAUCUGUUUGGAUUCGGAACAUUCAACUAUCUUUUUUUGGAUUCUUGAUGGGAGGAUUGAUUGUACAUAUCGAACAUCAAAGAUCAACACCUAAGAUGUUGCAAGAGUUUUGGAAUGGAUUUGAUUGGAUGGUUUGGUGUGUGAUUGGAUUCCAAGUGAUCGGUGGUUUAUUAAACGCAUUGGUGAUUAAGUUUUCAGAUAAUAUUGCCAAAGGAUUUGCUACAUCUGUUUCGAUUUUGAUUUCAUUUGGAUUAAGUUUGGUUUUGUUUGAGUUUAAGUUGAGUUUAGGAAGUUUGAUGGGUAUUGGAUUGGUGGUUUUUUCGACUUGGUUCUUUAAUGUUUCACAAGAUCAACUAGAUCGGUUGGGUAGAAAGUUGAACUUGAAGAGAUAAAUUUGGGAUUUUUAAAAAGAAAAAGAAAAGAAAAGUGUAGGUUGUAGAUAGAUGGAUAGAUCAUAUUUGUCUUUUUCAAAAUAAUAUUUUAAUUAAUUAAUUGGUUGUGUAGAAUUUAGAUACCUUGGUUUUUCAUAGAUGAUAGAAUUUGUGUAGUUUUUUUUUGUACUUUUUUUGGGAUUGGAUUAGUUUUAGAUUAU